CAAGCGGCACUCCACGGAGGUUUAGGUGAAGGCGCUUCAGCCAUUGUUUGAAUUCUUUUCUAUCUAUUUAUCCUUAAAACGAAAUCAAGUUCCAGCUAAGGCAGACAACGGAAAAGCAGAAACAAACAAAAUCCAGGUAAGGCAGACGGCGAUGCCAAAGUACCCUCCCAAGUACCUGAUAUAACCAUGUUCGUAGCUGGUACAGAUGUAAACUCCCCGUCGAAUCCCCAACAGAAACCUGGUGAUUACAGGGCUACACCACCCUCUACUGUAAAACUCGUGUCCUCUGCUCCACAUACGGCUCCAAAUGCAACCUGGGGAGCUGGUGGCAGAAAACUAUUCUCUAAAAUGGUGCAGGACCAUAAAUGGUACAUGGGGGAAUCAGAUACAGAGGAUGGACUAAGCAAAGAAGAUGAGGAAAAAGAUGAUUUGCUCGAGGAAGAAGAUCUAAAGUGCUGUAGCAGGAGUAUAACAAAUAGCAAGGUUGUAUUCUAAAAGAAUAUGAAAUAAGGAAACCGACCAGAUUCCAUGGCAUAUCGAUAGGGUUUUGAUCAGACAAUUAUUUAACAGAAAGUUCCAGGAGAGGAGAGAUAACAGAGUCAUACAAGUUCCAUGUCUUUAGAUUUAUAUUUUAGUAUUUUACUGUCAUACGGAGUAAUUCAUAAUCAUUCAAUAAACAGUGCAAAAUAUAUCAACUCACCGUUUUAAUUUUCUACGUAGUAGUAAUCUUAUGAUUUAUGGUUCUCUAAUUCUCUGUUUCUCUUUGCAUUUUUACAAAUUCCAAUACAUUAGUGCUUGCGUUGAUCGUUUAAUGGUUAUGGUGUGCCGUUGGGAUUGUUAGAGACUGUGUGGUGUCCGUAUUAUUGUUGUCUACCACAACACUCAAAUCUCCUUCAACCUCCAUUUCUUCUAACCAACCAAUGGCAAAAAAACAGCAAGAAAUGGAAUAGAAUUUUUUUAGCAUAAUUGCUUCGAAUCACAGUAAGCGUGAAUGCAUCACGGUGUUGUUGGGAGGAGUAGACCGUUGAUCUUAGAUGAAAAAGCAGAGUCGCACAGCCACCGAGAAAAUCUAUCCGGUCUAACGUUAUUGGCCGUAUUGGGCGGCGGAGAGAUGUCGGCGGUGACCCCCCACCAGACGCGGACCCUUCUAGAUGUCAUAAAGGACGAUCCGAACGGCAGCAAGGAAAACCGGAAAACAUGGAAGCAUUUCAAGGAAAAGCUCCGGCUGAAGCGUGCCGGCGCCGCCUGGACUUCCACCGUCCCGAUCCCUGCCUCCGACGUCCCGAUCAAUCCGACGAACAACCGGGCAAUGAUGGCUCGGAGGCUUUCCUCCCGGUUUCCUUCCACGAACCACGGCCCUGACGCUGAAUACCCCGCCGAGGAAUACAAACCGGAGCUCUCUAUGUCCGCCUCGCGGAGAGAUCUGAGAUCCGCGCCGUCGAGCAGAAUGUUGAAUAGGAAUCCGAGCCGCGCGGGCGGACCGGCAGAUAGGAACUUCAAAUUACAGAGCUCGAUGUCAAUAAGGAGACCGGCCGAAGGCGGGGAUGAUGAAAUCGAUGGAGGCGAGGGAGAAGACGGAGAAAACGAGGAGGGCGGAGGAGGAGGAGGAGUGCAGCCGGUGAGGAUGUCGCUGAUGGCGUUGCUGGCGGAAUCGGAAGGCGGAUACAUGAUGGAUGAGGAAGAGGAGGAGGAUGAAGGCGGAGGUUGUGAGGACUACGGCGGCGGGGAAUUCCACAACUGUUGCGUGUGUAUGGUGAGGCACAAGGGCGAGCCGUUCGAGCCGUGCGGCCACACGUUCUGCAGGCUCUGCUCGAGGGAGCUUUGGGCGGAGAAGGGGAAUUGUCCGCUCUGCAACAAUUUCAUACUCGAAAUUCUCGACAUUUUCUGAUCAUUUCCCGCCAAAUUAAACCCAUAUCGUCAAUUUUGAUUAGUUUUUUUAGAUUUGUUUUGUUUGAUUUCUUUCCUUGAUUAAAUGUACUUCGUAUUUGGUUACUGUCUCCUUCUUACUGGUUAAACUAGAAAAAACUGCACGAUUCUUAGAGCAACUUCGUAUUUCCAAUACUCAUUUGGUAAGUUGUGUGGUGUAGGAGGAUGUGCCAGUUUUUACUGCAUUAACCCUUACUUUAU